UGAGUGAGAGACACAGAGAGAUUCGUGUGAAUGUACUGUGUGAUGUGUCAAUGCUUCACAGACUGAGCUAAAGCUAAGGCGGUCCCUAUUGACUGACUCCAUCCUCACUCUUCCCAACCAGACCUCUGGGUUCCAGGGAAAUACAGGGAGAGAGAGGGAGAGGGAGAGAGAGAGAGAGAGAGUGUCUGGAAAAUCAGGAAAAAUCCUGCCUUCCCAAGACUGCAACCUUGACAGAAGGAAAUUCCCACAGGACAGACGUACACUGGGCUGUGGCUUCGGUGCAGUGAGUGGCUUAGGCUGGUUGCGUGUGAGCUGCGAUGCUGUGAGAGUGACGAGGCUCAGAGUGUGUGAGGGAGCCUCGUGAGGACACCACCAUCAUGGGGGUCCUCAUGUCCAAGAAGCAGACGGUGGAGCAGGUGCAGAAGGUCAGCCUGGUGGUCUCAGCCUUCAAGGACGGGCUGAAGGAGAGGGGCCCGGGCAGGCGACGGGCGGAGCCCUCCGCUGGAGGGCUGGAGGUGGUGGAGGUGGGGGCCGAGGGUGAGGAGGGGGCUGCCUCGGACUCCCAGGCCUGCAGCGAGGUGGCGAGGAAGUACCGAGGGGCCUGGGCGAGGCUGCGGGAUGGGAAGGGAGUGGAGCCGGAGGAGCUGGAGUGGGAGGACAGAGCGACACCGCCCGCCUUCAUCAGGCCCAAGAGGCAGCUCGGAGACGAUCAGUCACUGGACAUCAACCUGGCGGAGACGGAGGAGGUGAGGAACGAGGAAAUGUGUGAGAUCUGUGAGGUGUGGACGGCGGACGAGCUGUUCCCGUGCCGCGUGUGUCCCCGGGUUUACCACGAUGGUUGUCUGCGGCGCAUGGCCUGCCUCAGCCCCGCCAGCAUCCAGGAGCUACAGGAAACCGCUCUCACCAUGGUGGGCUGGAGCUGCCAUUACUGCGACAAUGUAAACCUCUUACUGACCGAGGAGGAGAUGUUCAGUCUGAAGGAAAUAUUCCAUCAGUGCCGUGUCAUCCCAGAGUCGUGUCUGACCAGCGAUGACUUCCUGCACUAUAAGCACCAGAUCCACAAGCAGCUGUUUGAGCGGCAGAUGAGUGAGGAGCAGGAGGAGGAGGUUCUGGCUCAGUUUUCUGCUCUGGAUGGCGACCGGAAGGGACAGAUCGAGUGGUCAGACUUCCUGUACCACGAGUCCCUCAUGGUGCUCCAGAGAUUCCGCUCCCAGAAUUCCCUGCUGAGGUUGGUGUCGGGGAAGGAGCUGAGCCGGGCUCGAGCUGUCUUCCUGUCUCUGAGCCGGGAUAGCGAGGGGAGAGUCACCGGGAGCGAGUGUCAGAGAGCUCAGACCUCCUGGUUCCGCAAACACUCCAAGGAAUCGCAGUCCUGUAACGUCAGUAUCAGUCACGUUGGCCCGAUAUCGGAGAGCAGCCCCUCCAGCAGGGGACGAGAGCGAGCGCAGGACAAGAGCCUUCUGUCCAGCGAGGAUAACAGGCUGUUGGACUGGAAAACUUUCCUGAAGGAGAGCGCCAUUUAUAUCCUGGCUGCCCGCCCAAACAGCCUGGCCACCCACCUCCGCCCAGACCCCCACCUCUGAGGGAGACAUCUGUCAUUUCCUGUGCGGAGACAGACGGACUGAGAAUCUUCCAGAGCGUUGCUCCGCAUUGCACUUCGAACGAAAAGAAUAAUUCACAAAUGACCGUCCUAUAAUCCUGUACAUUCCCCGGCUCCUGUUAUACAGUAUUUAACAAUCUCUGCACAGUAUUGAGAUGACAAUAAUCUUUAAUAAUAAUUUGGGUCACUCAAUC